GUUUGGGAGAGUUUCGAGGGCGGGUCUCAGGGCAGCGCUGGUUCUGGGUCCGGGAGCGGGGCCGAAGUUUUGAGCGGAAAUGAAGUCUCGCCGCUUGUCGAUUCUGCAGUCGGGUUCCUGAUCGUGACUUUCCAAAAUGGAAUACAUUUUAACACCUAAGGUAGAGCAGGUAAAAUUGCUAGAUCGGUUUACUUUUAAGAAGCCAGCUGUAGGAACACUUUACUUGACUGCAACACAUCUGAUUUAUGUAGAAUCAUCAUCAGAGAUUCGCAAAGAGACAUGGAUUUUACACCAUCAUAUUUCAGCAAUAGAGAAACUGCCCCUUACAUCUACAGGAUACCCAUUGCUGAUUCAUUGCAAGAACUUCAGAGUUGCUCGUUUUGUUAUUUGUCGAGAACGUGAUUGUCAUGAUGUUUACAGUUCACUUCUCAGACUAUCACAACCAGUGGUGUUUGAAGAACUUUAUGCUUUCUCGUACAACCCUAAGCAGACUGAAAUGAGCAGAGGAGUGGGUUGGAAAAUAAUAGAUAUAAAAGAAGAUUUCCAGCGUAUGGGAGUACCAAACGAAUACUGGGAGCAGACUGAUGUAAAUGAAAAUUAUGAGACUUGCAAUACGUAUUCAACAUUUCUCUAUGUGCCAAAAGGAGCAAACAAGCCAAUAAUAGUGGGCAGUUCAAAGUUCAGAAGUAGAGGGCGAUUUCCUGUUCUUUCGUAUUUUUUCAAGGAGAAUAACGCUGCCAUUUGUCGGUGCAGUCAACCACUUUCAGGGUUCAGUGCCAGGUGCGUGGAGGAUGAACAAAUGCUCCAAGCUAUUAGCAAGGCCAACCCAGCAAGUCCAUUCAUGUAUGUGGUGGACACGAGACCAAAGUUAAAUGCCAUGGCAAACAGAGCUGCUGGAAAGGGAUACGAAAAUGAAGAUAAUUAUUCCAACAUUAGAUUCCAAUUUAUUGGUAUUGAAAACAUUCAUGUAAUGAGAAACAGUUUACAAAAGCUUUUAGAAGUAUGUGAACUGAAGGCCCCAUCAAUGAGUGAGUUUCUCAUUGGCUUGGAAAAUUCUGGGUGGCUUCGUCACAUUAAAGCAGUCAUGGAUGCUGCUGUCUUUCUAGCAAAGGCAGUGUCUGAGGAAAAUGCCAGUGUGUUAGUCCACUGUUCUGAUGGGUGGGAUCGUACUGUUCAAGUUUGCUCAUUGGCUGCCCUCCUCCUGGAUUCCUACUACCGGACAAUAAAGGGAUUUAUGGUUCUUGUAGAAAAAGAAUGGAUCUCAAUGGGACACAAAUUCUCCCAAAGAUGUGGGCAUCUAGAAGCUGACUCUAAAGAAAUUUCUCCUGUAUUUACCCAGUUUAUUGAAUGCACUUGGCAUCUGCUGGAACAAUUUCCAUGUGCUUUUGAGUUUACUGAGAAGUACUUGUUGGAGAUCCAUGACCAUGUAUUCUCCUGUCAAUUUGGCAACUUUAUUGGAAACUGCCAGAAAGAACGCCAGGAAUUAAAGCUUCAAGAGAAGACACAUUCCUUGUGGCCAUUCCUAUUGGCAAAGCAGUACCUCUACCAGAAUCCUCUGUAUAAACCCAGUGCAGUCAAUAUUGUGUUAAAGCCCAAUACUGCCCCUUUUAACUUCAAAUUCUGGUGUGGUAUGUACAACCGUUUUGACAGAGGAAUGCAGCCCAGACAAUCAGUUGUGGAUUGUCUACAUGCUUCAAUGAAACAGAAAAUUGACCUCGAAGAAACUGUGGCAGAUCUGAAUCAGAAACUAACUCAUCAGGAUAAAGCACAUUCUGAUUCUACCUUUAUCUUACCAAUGAAACUUUCUAUGGAGGAAGAUUCCACCCACCUGCAAGUAAUUGGUGCUGCUCAGGACUAUUUGGAGGAAGAGCACAGUAUGUUAACAAAUGGCACAGAAGAGGUCAUUGAAACUGUUUCUGCUGGGAGCAAGCAUGUGGAUAAUGGAAACGACUCCUCUUUCAUGUGUCAAUCUACUUUGAAUAACAAUGAUGCCCUUGAUGUAGUCCAAUUGAAAAUACAAGCAGAUGAAGACACCCAUCAAAUAUCCCAAGAUGCUGUCGAAAAAUAAUUACUUAUCUCCAUAUAACUUGUACGUAUUCGUUCACAAAUGUAUUUGGUUUUGAUACAAAUACCAUCAUUCAAAAGUGUCAGAAUUAGAAAAUGCCAACAGAUAGUUCUUUAACAAAGGGAAAAUACUCCAAGAUAUUUUGGGGAAUCUGGCUGCUUAAAUGAGAGGAUAUAUUUCAAAGGGAAAUGUUACAAAAUGGGGCUUGGGUUGGAUUCUCACUUGCCAGAAGCUAAUAUAAAAAUUUAGCAGACUGUUCAUAAUAGAUAGGAAAUUGUAGUCAUUUUCCACCUGAAUUCCUUAUGCGUUUCCAUGGUGAAAUGCAGAUGUUAUGAUGUGUCCAGUUAUUGAGAUCUGUCUUUGUGUAUUUCUUAAAAUUUAAUGGACCAAUCUGAACACAUUGCUUCAUUGUAGUGUCUUAAUUUUUUGCCACUGAAGAAGCCAGUGUUGGGUGCGGUGAAUGCUUUUUAGAAACUUAAGCUGGCUGUUUUAUAAAUAUUAACCAACAUAUUUUCUAAAUUGGAAGUUCUUAAAAUUUUAGAUUAAAUACUUUCAUAUAAAAGAUAGAUAUGAUAAUUGCAUUUCCCUUUUAAAUUUUUCUCCAAUCUUAUCUCCUUACCUGUUUUUCUAUUUCCCUUGUUCAGAAAUGGUUCCAUGGCUGCCACAAGCCCACGGAUUUGUUGCCUAAGUGCCUAUUCCAUUUGUAAUUCCACAAAACAAGCUAUCCUCCAAUGAUAUUUGAGUCUAAUUCAGUUUUUGACAAAUCUCUGCCACGUGCAAAAGUCACUGCACAGUAAUCAGAGAGAGGAGCUCUGACAUAUUUAAAGCCAGCUGCUACCCUAACUAAGAUAAUUCACUUGGCCUAUGAGUUGUGGGGAUUUAUUCAUGAAUUCCUAGUGUUGAGUGGCCCGGAUAAGCUUGCAUUGGAACACUCAUUCUGGGCCAAAUCAUUGGAGGAAGUUGUAUUUCACUUUAUUGUUUUUGCAAUAUAUUGUGGACAGUAUUGGUAAUUAGCUAAAGAUUUAUGGCUGUUUGAGUGAUUGCGAGAUAUUUUCACUUUACAUUUUGCCUUCUGUAAAAAUAGAUUUGUUGCUUUAUUUUCUGUUAUUCAGUGCCUGUUUCGUUAUCAGACAUCAUGAGGAAACUUCUCAAUGCCUGAAUAAUGGUUAGAAUUUUACAAAAUAAAUCAUAAAAUUGCCACAAGUGGAAUUUUGUUAUACAGAGUAUUUGGUUCAGACAUCAAGGUGGAAAGUAAGAGCCUUGUUUAUACAUAGUCAUUGUGAUGAGUAAGUCCUGUGGCUCAUGUUGGAGUGUACUUAUUUGCAAACCAGCUUCUGUUCACUCAAGGCUGCGCAGCACCAUCUUUCUCUUGGGCUUCAGGUCACCCAUUUAUAAAGCUAUAGUAUGAAGAGUACAGAACGCAUUUUCUAACUGUAGUUUAUGUCGGUGUUCCUAAUGGGUACACUCAAGUCCUUCUGGACAUUAUUCAGUAGUUUUGCACUUUUUUAAAAGAUAUUGAUUUUCCAUCCUUCCAACCAAAAUAACAUUUCCUCAUUAGCUACUUUGUCCAGUCACUUAAUCUUCUAUAUUUCUCACUAACCUCUUUUUAUGGUUUCACCUCACAGCUGACAUUCCCACCAAACUUUGUAUUGCAGAAAAUGAUUUUACAUUUUUUUUGUUGGAAAUCUAUGAGGAUUAUUGAGUACCUGCAAAAUCUAUAAAAGCUAAAUGUCAGCCCUUUCGUAAAAGCGUUAGAGAGUGCUGGGUUUUAUACCAGAAUUCACAUUUGCUGUGCCCAUACAUCACCAAUUUUUUUUCUUUUGAAUACACACAAUAAAAGCUUCCAGACUCUUUACUCAUUUGACAGUCCAUGCAGAGAUACAUACACUAUUAAUUGGGGUCCCUGGAUUUCAAAACCGCAUAAACCACGAUCACCUUCCCAUUUCCUCAGACAGAUGCUGAGGCCUUUGGCGGCAUGGGCUCAGUGAUUAGCACUGCUGCCUCACAGCACGAGGGACCCAAUUCCACCCAUGGGCAACUGUCUGUGUGGAGUUUGUAUGUUCUCCCCAUGGCUGUGGGGGUUUCCUCUGGGUGCUCCAGUUUCCGCCCACAGUCCAAAGAUGUGCAGGUUAGGUGGAUUGGCCAUGCUAAAUUGCCCAUAGUGCCUAGGGUAGGAAAUUUAGGGGAUGGGACUGGCAGGGAUGCUCUUCGGAGAGUCGGUGUGGACUUGAUUGGCCGAAUAGCCUGCUUCCAUAGGAUUCUAUGCUUCUAAUCAUUCUAAAUUAAUUCAAGUACCACCUCAGAAUAAGAAUUCAGUUUGACACCAUCUUGUUCAUAUGGCUCAGUUGGCUUUUAUCUUGUUCAUGUAUUCCUUUCUUAAAUAUUUUAAGGAUAGUGUCAUCUUAAAUUUGAGUUUAUUUUUAAAUAGUAAUUAAGUACACUUCAAGAAAGCUUGAAAUUUUACCCAACAUGAGGGUAACUCAAUGAGAUUAUGUAGAAUGCAACUGAUUAUUAACUAACUUUUCUCCUUUUAUGAAUCAUGGAACUUGUCAGACCAUAAUCGAUGAGCAAAAUAGUUGACCUGCGGUCAAUAAAGGAAUAUUAAACAAAUUAUUUUUUUAA